AUUUCGAGCGGAGCUUGUGAGUCUUGCUCCGAGGAGCUAGCGCUUUGAUCGGACCUGCACCUGCUACUUCUGGAUGAUUCAGCCAUUUUCAGCAAUGGCUAGCGGACACACAACAGCAUGAACCUUAGCCCAGAGCGUGCCCACCCCAGCUCCUCUCCUUCAGCCCUGCCCUCAGGUGAGUGCCGUACUCUCUUUGGAGCUCUCUGACAGGCUCUGAGGCGGGAUCCACCCUCGGGCAUCCUCACGCGUCUGUCUCCAGAGCAUCUUAUUUAUAGACUUUCUGCAGCUGUUUGUCUUACUGCUCCAUUGGAGACCGUGAGAACAAACCUGGAAAUUAGAGCCACAGAAGUCCAAGCACUUCCCCUUGUAACAAGGUUAGUCCACUGAGAGUCGUGUGCGUGUCCCUUCCCCCUCGCUGGUGAUCUGAUAAUGGAAAGAACACUUUACAAGGCAGCAUGCCUGACGCCGCUGCUGCAUAACGUGCUAGGCUAGAGGACAUCAGGACAGCUGCUUCUCAAAGACAGAUAGACAGGGAGAGAUGAAGUCAGAGGCGGCAGAGGACAUCUCGGCCGGACUCGCAUCCCAAGACUCCGAGUGUCUAGAGGCUACGUCGGAUGUCUUGUCUGAGGUCGCUACGAAAGAGACGCCUGAAGAGGAGGAGGAGGAGGUUGCGGUAGGGAACGGCGACAGCAACGAGCGUGGUCCUCUGGGAUGCAUGCCUUUGCCUGCGGCUGCAUGUUGUGUGUGCCUUGAGCUGGAGUGGGUGCGUAACUGCAUUCGCUCUGAAAAAAUCUGCAUCCUGCCCAUCUUGGCCUGCUUGCUGAGUCUAGCCCUCUGCACCGCCGGCCUUAAGUGGGUCAUUGUGGACAAGAUCUUUGAAUAUGAGCCACCGACCCACCUCGAUCUCAAGCGCAUAGGACAGGAUCUUCUCAUAGAUUCUGACCCCACUCAAAAUACUCUAUCAAACUCACCCCCCUCCCCGACAACUCCAAGCGUCCCAGGACAACCAAAGGUCUUUGUGGAGGGGGAGUCCACAGCCGGGCCGUUCGAGCCCCCCUCAUCAAAGGUGGCCAUUUUUACACCCGCUGCAGCAGUGACUACCCUUGCAAACCCUGCGUCUACACCCAGCCCCAAGAGCACCUUCAAACCUGCUCAGAAUGACAGUCAAUAUCCAUCACAAACACUCGAAUCUAAUGAAAUCAUUGCAAAAACCUCGGCCACCAGCACGACUCCCGUGGCCAAAACCUCAAGUCAUGUGACACGCUGCAGAGAGAGUGAGAGUAACUACUGCGUGAACGGAGGAAAAUGCUUCACGCUGGAGGUCACGCCCGGCGACAUCAGACGCCUCUGCAGGUGCCCUGAUGAGUUUACUGGUGAACGCUGCCAAAACUACAUAAUGGCCAGUUUCUACAAACAUCUUGGGAUUGAAUUUAUGGAAGCAGAGGAGCUCUAUCAGAAACGUGUUUUGACAAUAACAGGCAUCUGCAUCGCUCUUCUAGUGGUUGGCAUCAUGUGUGUGGUGGCUUACUGCAAAACAAAAAAACAGAGGAAAAAACUGCAUGAUCGUUUGCGGCAGAGUUUACGAGAGCGAAGUGCUGCAGCUAAAGCCCCUCAACACCCGCACCCUCCCCCUGAAAAUCUGCAGCUUGUCAAUCAUUACAUGCCGAACAAUAUGAUCCCUCCUCAUGUGCAUGUGAUGGACAAAGAAGCAGAAACAUCUCUGUCCACAAAUGAGUUCACUUCAACAUAUCCGUCAGCCGCUGUCACUCGCUCCAACAGCCAAUGUUGCAGUAACGGGCAAACAGAAAGCAUGGGUUCUGACAGUCAUGCAGUCCUGGUGAAGUCAUCACUGGAGAAUUGCCGACACGGGACACCCAGUCACAGAGGGCGUCUGAACGCUACAGGAGGUGUCCACCAGCUCCAUGAUUACCUGAAGAGCUCCAGAGAAACCCAGAGCUCCUGCAAAGACUCGCCCUACAGCGAGAGGUACAUCUCAGCCAUGACCACACCCACCUGUCUGUCACCCAUGGGGCUUCUCUCCACCGUGACUCCCUCCUCACCUCCCUCCGAGAUGUCGGCUCCUCUCUCCAGUAUUGCGACCUCUGUUCCGUCCAUGGCAAUGAGUCCCUCAGGAGAGGAAGAGCGUCCCCUGCUGUUCCGGACACCCCCGAUCCUGCGUGACAAAAACCAGCCACUGAAGUCGGGCCAUGCGCAUCCUCUACGUAACUCUGCGCACUACAACCAUGGCCUGGAUCUGCUGAGCCCGCCACCUAGCCCCUUGCACAUCACAGGAGAUGAGGAGGACAAGCGUUUACCGCAGUACACGAGCAAAGCUGCAGCGGCUGCUUCGUCCUCACCCCUGCACAGCCCCCCUCACCAGAGUAACAGAACUCAGCAGGGCGGCCCGACGGAGCCGACCAGCAUCAGUAACUCUGAGAGCAGCAGCUCUGAAAGCGAGACGGAGGACGAGCGAGUCGGUGAGGACACGCCGUUUCUAGGCUUACAGAUCCCGCUGGCCGCCGGUUCCAUGGUUCUGGACGGGCUGGAGGGCAACAGAACUAACCCUGCCCUGCACCUGUCGCCACACGAUGACCUACAGUGUAGACUGAGCGCCAUCAUGGUCAACCAAGAUCCCAUAGCUGUGUGAGCGAUGCAUUGAAGAAAAUUAACUACUAAAAAAUCACCACCAUUUUCUAAAAUAAAGUAUUGGAGGGAAAUUAUUGCAAAAAGUAAAACUUUAACUUUUAUUUUAGUGAUGUAGUGAAACAAAGACUUUUAUAAAUUCGUGUACAAAAUGUGUUUGUGUCAUGGAAAAAAGUGCCAUUCACAUGUAGCUGAGGUCACAAUAUUUCAAUGGCAGAAAAAAUAUAAUCAAUGGUGCCUUUUAAUUUCAGUUUUGGAAAAAGAGAAGCUGCAUUAUGACACUGGGCCAUAUAUUCACGAAAAAAAAAAAAAAAAAACUCCACCAGCACUACAUGUAGGAAUCAUUGAUAUCUGAUUUAAACAGCUGUGGUAAAAAAAAAAAAUUUGUUUUUAUUCUCGCUGAUCAAAAUUCCUAGAUUUUGACUUGAGUCUAAAUAUGUGCGGCUGCUGCAUUACAACUGAAAAUUGAAUGUACUAAGUCACCCUGCAGUUCUUUAUUUUACUUUUUCCACUGCAAGAGCAAAAAUAGAAUGAAUCAAAAAUGAUAUAAAUGAAGAAUUAAUUAGAAAAAAUGCUAAAAAAGACACAAAUCAUAUCAAAUCUGCUGUUAAACAAACAUAAUCAUACCAUAGACACUGUUGUUGUUUUAUAUAAAGUAUAUCAGACAUUAGUUCUAUGAGACAGUCAUUAGAAUUUUUUACAUGUCAUUUGUUGUUUUUCCAUUUCUUUUCGAUGACUCAUAUGGCUCACUUUGUCGAUCAUGUUCAUUGGCUUCUCAAGCAAUGCAUCAUGGAACGUUCUAGCACCAAGUUAUGAUACUGACUCUGUGUUAUACAGCAGAUGGCAACAGCUUUUUAUUCAUAUUUCUUUUACUCUAAUAAUUAUUGUCCAAAUCUUUUUUAACAAUGUCUUUUCAUAACCAUGUAGAAUGUUACAUUAUAUUCAAAAUGUUCCUUUGUGUCAUGUUUAUGUGAAUAUGUGUUAUUAGUUUAAGAAGAAAUCACCUAUUGUACAGAAUUUUGUUAUGUUCAGAGUGGUAUAUUUGAGAGACAGAUGACGGGUGCGUGUGCUGUUUGCUUUAAAAGAUUACUACAGUAAAUUAUGUAUUCACUAGAUUUUACUGACAAAAAAGUCUCUAACAAUCUAUCCAGCUUGCUGAACAGAAGACCCGGUUACACAAACAACACUUAUAACCUAGGGGUUAUGAUGUUCACUGCUCUAGUGUGUGAAGGCCUUGUCCCCAAGUUUUAUCUUUCAUUAAAUGUGGCCCAUUUUGUUGUAUUUAUUUUCUUUAUUUAUUUGUUAUUUAUUUAUUUAUUAUCUGGGCCUUAUGUAAUCUAGCAUCUAUAAAUCUAUAUUUUAAUAGCAAUGAAAAUAACAGAUAUUUGAAAUAUUUGGAUACAUUCACAAACCUUAUUUUAUAGUGUUUCUUUUUUUUUUUUUUUUUUUUUUUUUUUUUCAUCAUUCCAUGAUAUUUCUGCAUUGUUUUGCCAUUUAGGCCUAGACUGUGUUGUUCAGUGUGUCAUUCAAAACUCUUGUUCAAAAACAAUAAAUGUUCAACUUGACAAAUAUCCAUGAACUUGAUUGUACAGUUAAGCUGAACGGUUUCUGGGACACUUGAAAACACCCCUUAUUCUGUUUGUGUUUUACCCAAGCCUUUAUGUAUGUUCUGUCCACCUUGAGAGCUGGUUGAUUUUGGAAAUGAUAUAAUGUGAUGAUGGCUGCUUUAAACAUGAUGUCCUUUCUUCACGCCAUACUUUUGUUUUCAGCUAUGACUAUUUAUUUACUGUUUGGAUAUUCCAAUCAAGGUAUAAGUGUUCAAGCAGAUAUAUUUUGGCCUAAUCACAUUGUCAAUGAAGGAGAAGAUACUGUCCAUGAAAAAGAAUAAUAAUGUGUUGUUCUGAUAUCUGCAUGUGCACAGGAGGAUGAAUGCAGGCAUGCAUUGCACAACACAAACAAACAAGCAUGGUCAGACAUGUCAGUCAGACAUGACAACAGUCAAACCAUAAACAAAUGUCCAUUUCACCUGCUCUUGUGUGAAAAGCUCUAUAAAAUUUCUGGACGAUA